AGGUGGGAGAGUUCGGCUGCAGCGUCAGUCUGAGGCUGAGAGCGCAGUGAUAGGCCCGCAUGGCUGCAGCAGAGCCGCCGAGCAGCCUGUCCAGGUAUCUGGACGGAGAGUCCUGGGAGACUAAGGAUGUUCUCCGGGAGGAGGUCUCCAGAUGUGAGGUGUUCCAGCGCAGCAGCUACGGGCUCAGCCUGGAUCAGAUCAGAGACCUGACCGCAGAGAGGCUGCACUUCGUGCUUAAACUGCCCCUCAUGCAACGUCACCUCGGUGAUCAGGUGAUUGGAAGAAAGAAAGGUUUCAUAAAUAAGAGCAUGGGGAUCACAGAGCUGAUCUGCUCUGCAGAUAUGGCCACUGGAGUAAAGAUGGGUGUAGUGUGUGGACUGUAUGGUGGAGCUGUCAUUAACCUCGGCAGUGCAGAGCAAGUGGAGAGACUGUAUGUCCCUGUGACGGAGUUGGCAUGCACUGGAAUGUUUGCCUUGACGGAGAGGGGCCACGGGAGUAAUGCGAGGGGCAUCCUCACUGAGGCCCACUAUGAGCCCUCAACACAGGAGUUUAUUAUCCACACUCCGUGUGAAGAUGCUCAGAAGAUGUACAUCGGGAACGCCAUGAAGGGAAACUACGCUGCUGUAUUUGCCCAGCUUAUCGUUAAAGGAGAAUCUCAAGGUCCUCAUUGUUUUGUUGUGCCAAUCCGUGACCAGUAUGGGGUCAUGUGGCCCGGAGUGACUGCAACUGAUAUGAAGCAUAAAGAAGGUCUGCAUGGAGUUGACAAUGGUAUCCUAAUGUUUGAUAAUGUGAGGAUACCACGGGAAAACCUGCUGGACAAGUUUGGUUCCGUCUCAGCUGAUGGUCGGUACUCCUCUCCCUUCCGGCGUAAGGGCGAUCGCUUCAACGCCAUGCUGGCUGCCCUCACCCCCACUCGUCUGGCCCUCACUGUCCAGGCUAUGGCUGCUAUGAAGCUCGGACUCAUCAUUGCAGUGCGCUACAGUCACAGCCGCAGGCAGUUCGGACCCAAAGACCAGGAUGAGGUUAAGAUAAUUGAGCAUCAGACGCAGUAUCUGAGGCUGAUGCCCCACCUGGCCACCUCCCUCGCCCUCACCUUCACCACCAGGUACACAGCUGGUUUGAUGGACGAUGCUCUGUGUCAGGGAGAGGACCUCCAGAGCAAUCGGCCACUGCAGGCCUUAGUGGCCGGCCUCAAAGCCUACAGUACCUGGGCCAACGUGGCCUGCCUGCAGGAGUGUCGCGAGUGUACGGGGGGCAUGGGCUUCAUGAUGGAGAACAGAAUCCCUUCUCUGAAAUGCGACUCAGACGUCUUUGUGACUUUUGAGGGCGACAACAUGGUGAUGCUCCAGGUGGUGGUUCGUGAGCUGAUGAUGCAGUAUACCAGGCAGUUUGAGGACAGUAUGGUGGCUGGUUUGAUCAGAAACUGGACCAGCUCUGCCUCCGACAGCCUCCGGACCAGUUUCCUGGGUUUCUCAGUGGAUAAGGUCGGAGACCUGAGCUUCCUGUUGAAAGCCUUGAGCUACAGGGAGAGGGUCUUGCAGCGCAGCCUAGCUGCACGACUUCACGCUAAGAUAAACAAGAACAAAGAAGAGUUCUUCAGUGCCUGGAAUUCGUGCCUGCAUCAUGUGACCAGCCUCGCCCUCGCACACAUCCACAAAGUGACCUUGGAGCAGUUUGCGCUGGCCGUCCAAGAAUGCCAGGUGAACGGCGACCGCGACUUGUUAACCAAGUUCUGCCUCCUGCACGGCACUAGUCUGGUGUAUCAGGAGCGAGCGUGGUACCUGGAACACAACUACUUCAGCCCUGGUGCCAGCAGGCAGAUCCGCAGUCAGCUGUUGGAGCUGUGCAGGUCAGUUAAAGACGAUGCGCUGAAAGUGGUGGCGGAUUUCAACAUACCUCCCUGCUGUAUCCAGGCGCCCAUCGCUGGGGUGGCCAACCCCAGAGCAGAGUGGGGCUUCUACCCGCAGCCACAGAGCCCCACCACCCAGCCCCACACCCAGCAGAGGGCCACGUCCAAGCUUUGAGCCACCGGACAACCAGGGAGCUCACCAGCGUACUGCCAGCACUGAGACCCAGAUAUCGCUGUUGUCAGAACAAAACCUCGUAUCUCCAAAACGGUAACUUUACAGGAGAAGGAAAGGAACUACUUUACUUUUAAUGUAAGUCAAUGGAACCAGACGGGCGGC